AUGUCGCAAGAUUCUCAACGAGCAGGUUCCUCAUCGAGAGAAUCACCUCACAACGAUGACCGGGCAAUUGACAACGAUCGAGGAUUGGCCAGCAACCGCAACACAUCCCGCCGGCCCCCGCUGCGGACUCGACCCCAGUCAUGGCAUCCAUAUGGACCCGUGGAGCCGCCGUUGGAAUCGGGGUCGUCCCGACCAAUUGGGGUUCAUUCUAUCUUGAACCCCCCUUCACAGACGCCGAAAGAGCUAUCUACCUCGAGUAAUCGGGAAUCGCUGAAUCUCCCGGGUCAAUCAUCCUCACCUCGACUCCAAGGCUCCUCACCCACAACUCGUUCAUCACGCUCUUUGGUGCCGCAGCCAUUGUCUCCUCGAUCCCACGCACGCCCACUGAUGAAUCCAGCUUCUCCUUCGGCACGGUUUGUUGGCGGGGGUGGGAGGACUUCUGGACAAUCGAGCGUCGCACAGUCACCGCUAGUUCCUCAGGAACAUAUGAUGGGCCCACGUCUUCCCACCUCCAGCUCGCCUUUGCCACUAGAGGCGGGUCUACGCCCAAUAGCAUCACUCACAGGCACACAGCCUCCUGCGUCGACCUCGCUGCAUUCUACACCUAGCCUGCAUUCUCGACGAACAAGCGCUGGUCCAGGACCUCUCACCAACCCGAGUUCUCAAGAAACCAGUCCCAGCACACCCCAUUCAACCUUUAGUCCAUUCACACGGGUAUCUCCAGCUGUGACGAGUGUCUCCCUCCCACAAACCGCUACAUCAUAUCCCACUUCACAUCCCUCAUAUAUGGCCAUGGAGCCAAUGAACCGGGCGACCCCGGCCCCCAAAGCGCCCAGAAGCCAAGAAGAAAACCCAACCCGAGCGGGAACACCGCAAGGCAGUUCAUUUCCUCCUGGAAUGAUUCCCUGCGUACUAGACAUGCGAUCCGGCUCGAGCAGCCAGGCAGAAAAACGCAAAGCGAACAGCGAUGCAUCACGACGAUUCCGCAAUCGCAAACGCAACGAAAUGCAACUCGAGCAGCGGCUCACCGCACAACAAGACGAGAUCACACGCAGCGUAGAAACAGUCCGCCGCCAAAACGAAGAGAUCCGUCUCCUCCUCCAGCAAAGAGAUCACUACCGCUCCGAGCGCGAUUUUUACCGUGAGCAUCUUGACCGCAAAAUGUCUCUUGGCGCCCUUCCACCAAGACCGCCAUCUCCAGGCUCUGCCCAACCCGGUCUCCACGCGUCUGAAGGCGCUACAUCCACUUGGUCGGGCGCUGAUGCUGCCCGAUCUGUGUCAGGCACACAGGCCUCGAGUGCCCCCAAGGGAAGAUUGGACUCAACUCAUUCCCAGCCUGGCUGGCCUGCAAACCCACCGUAUUCGUCGGGGACUAUUAAGCCCCCUGCACGCAGUACUGUCACGCCUGCUGCCUCACCGUCACUAUCUGGAGGUCCGCUGCCACCACUGCAGGGUUCUUGGCCACGCUCUUAA